AUGCCAUCUUUCAAACUAAUAACCCCUAAGAACUUCAUCUCCCUUGUUGAAAAGCAAAAGGGAUCCACAACGAGCCGAGUCAUCCCUAUUGAUUCCACGUGGUAUCUUCCAAAUCUCAACAGAAAUGGACAUCAAGAAUUUCUUAACGAUGAAAGAAUUCCUGGUGCUGUGUAUUUUGACAUCGAUGGUGUCAAGGAUACUUCAUCGCCAUACCCUCAUAUGGCCCCUGAUUUAGCCACUUUCAACAAGGCCAUGAGCCAAUUGGGUAUCCAGAGGGACGAUGUAUUGGUUGUGUACGACAGAAUUGGUAACUUUAGUGCUCCUAGGUGUGCAUGGACUCUAGCAUUAUUUGGUCAUCCCUCUGUUUAUCUUUUAAAUAACUUUAAAGCUUAUAAAGAAAGAGAAAAGUUACCUUUGGAGACUGACGUGAGAACAAAGGACUCCGAAUAUCCACCUACAGACUAUAAAUCAGAUGUGGAUUUGCGUGACAAGGAGGUUGUAUCAUAUGAGGAGUUGUUGCAAUUGGUUCAAAAUAAAGAAUUGAAGAAGAAAUUCAAUGUUUUUGACGCUAGAGCCUUACCAAGAUUCGAGGGAAAUGCACCUGAACCAAGACCUGGUUUGCCAUCAGGACAUGUCCCAGGAGCUCAACCUUUACCAUUUAUCAAUGUUUUAGAUAAGGAGUGGUUAACCUACCCUUCCACAGCAGAAGAAAUGAAGGCAAAAUUGACUGAAGCAUUCAAGGAAUUAAACGAUGAGUUUGAUCCUAAGAAGGAAACCAUAUGCAUGUGCGGGACUGGGGUCACAGGGGCCAUUAUCAAAGGUGCCUUAGAAUUGGCUGAUAUUCCAAAUGUUAGAUUAUAUGAUGGUUCUUGGACGGAAUGGGCCAUAAGAGUUAAAGAUGAUAGAACUUUGAUUGCGGAAGGAAGAGAUUAA